AUGCAAAAAGCUGGCUGGAGUCAAAUCUUUCAGGAAAAUGGUCAUAAAAUGCAAACGUUAUUGUUUUUGUCUCUUAUCUUCGAUUUCAGUAAUAUCGUCCUAAGAUUUUAUUAUGAGCUUGGCAGUGCAAGCUGUGCGCUAUUGGUUAAAAUUCUGUACAUUGAUGCAAUUGAGUGCUUCUUCCUUUCAAAACCACCCAACUUGUGCCUAACAUUGUCCAGUUCGACCCCUACCGAACCAGAAUUCAUUCUUCUUGAAGCUCCCUUCACUAAUCCCGCUCCAUCCCGCGAUAACAUCGAUGGCCGGACUGCUUCCAAAGCUGGAGUGGGAAUUGAGAUGAUUUCGCUCGAUGACCUUAACUUGGCAUGCGUGCUUUUGUCGGCUGGGUGUUCAACCACAUUCCGGGGAGAUGCCGUUAACCUAACCCAGUUCAGAACGACGGGAACAGCGGGUAUUCUCUACGAUAUCCUUUAUCAUUUAGUAACCUGGCCAGAUACAGUCCCUCUUCGGAAUGGGGAUCUAAAAAAUCACAUUCCGCCGUACUAUUCGAGUGCCCGACCGACAUGGAGAUACCUCAGUGCUUCUACCCAAUCUAGGCGCAUACAUAUUCGAUUCCCGGAGAUGCUGGAGCCCUUACUCGCGAAAGGGGAAACCAUUUUCCUCAUGCAUGCAUGGGAGGCUGUGGAUCCAGUUAAGUCGAAAGACCACUUAGCUAUAAGAGUUUUCGUUGGCGGUGCUAAUGCGGUGUCUGGCUGGUAUGAUCCCAAAAAGCCCCUGAGGCAGCACAAGACUGCGUUUCCGAGAAAACACAUCUUCAAGCCGGUAAUAAUUGUCUUUGGCGAUACAAUGAAAGUUGUGCACAUAGAAAAAACCGAUCCAAUAUCUAAACUUCAUAAGAAUUCCGUGGAAGCUUCGCGAUCUGUUCCGCCGAGUCGAAUCUUGAGCGAUAGUUACCCAUUCGAGGAACUCAGGGUUCUAUCAGUGGCAGAGAACAACGUUCAGCAGGUAUGUAGAAGUGACGUGUUAGGAAUAUUCGCUGACAGAUCUUUUGAUGCAUAUGAUCGACCUAUGUGGCUAGUUGAGAACUGUAAUGCAAAAAUAGAAGCCACGGAUCUGAGCGGCCGCAAAAGAGUCCCCCAAGUAAACCGAGCAAUAACCCUUCGAGAAUUGCAAGACCAUCUCCACGAUUUAUACAACGAAAACUUCGAUCUCUAUCGUUUUAUGCGCCUAGGUUCCCUGCGUCCGACACGCCUUGCCGAUGGGGGGAGGGGUUUAUUGAUUUAUGGCAUAGGGCAUAAGAGUAGUCCGGGAGCGGUUUUCACAAACCAUCCAAAGAGACCAUAUAUCCUGCAGGUUCAUGGGAUCGUCAAUCCAUCACUGUCUUCGGCUUCCAAAUUCCCAACUCGAUGCUAUGAUGAGAUCGUUGGCUAUAAAGCACCACAGUGUCCCAUCAAGGUUGCCAAGUACCAACAAUACGACCUCCCCUUUGGCGACGCACCGGGGCAACAUAUCCGAGCUCAUCCCCGGUACACAUGCAAGUGUCAACAAGUUGAAGCCUUUGACGGAAUUGUUAUUGAUACAUCCACCGGCCAAUAUAGCGAUUCCGGCCGCCACUCAUGGGUUUAUACUCGUUGCGGAGAUGAACAGAUUGACUGGGAAGACUUUGGGAGCACCGUCACCAAGCCUUUAUCGAAUCACCCGUUGAGAUCACCGAAGACCACAGUUAGGAGUGAGUUGAUCUAA